UCCAGUUAUUUUUAUUUACAUAAACUGUUGUAUUUACUUAAUCUGUUUAUUUAGUAGCGCAAAUUCAUGACAAAUAAUAUGAACGCAACUUAAAAAUUAGAAUAUAAUAAUCAAUAUGUAAUAAUAAAAUAUCAUUUAGAAAGUUUGGGGCCUAUUUAAAAAACAGUACUGACCGAAUCUACAUUCUUAUUUUGUUUAUAAAUUAAUUUGUAAAAGGUAUACAGUGAAAACACGUCUACAUAUUAAAAACAUGUCGGACCCUACCAUUCAAACAUUCUGCUGCCACCAUACCGGAAAUAAAGAAGAUUUGGCAAUUAGGAUUAUGGAUGAAUUUAAUACCGAAUCAUAUAACAUAGUUUGUUUAGUGUCUUCGAGCAUUGGAAUUCUUGGUUCUAUAUAUCAGAUUUUUCCAAGACGAAUACCAAGUUUCUUCCAAAGAUUGCAUAGCCUAUCUUCUACGCGAGGACGACAUAUUAUAAUUUGGUUAGCUGUAGCAGACUUAUUUGCUUCUCUUGGAGUCCUCGUCCGAUCUUCCCUGUGGUUGCAAUAUAAAAACAUAAUGCCUAUGCCUAAUGAUGAUGUUAGUGUGUUGUUUUGCAGCAUAAUAUCUGCUUGGACUCAGUAUUUCUACACAGCUACUUGGUUUUGGACAUUAUUCUAUGCAAUAGAUAUAUGGCAUUCAAUUAAAGGUCAAGAUUCUCAUCCAGUACUUUAUCACUCCUUGGCUUGGGGUAUACCAGCUGUAACAACAAGUAUUGGCUUGUCUAUUCUCUAUAUUCCAAAUGCUAGAUGUCAUAAUAUAAAAUCAGUUUCAACUGCAAUUUUAAGAAUACUUCCCAACUACUGUGCAACAUAUUUACCCAUUGCUAUUGUUAUGGUGGUGAAUCCAGUUAUAUACCUUUUAGCUAGUAAAAAUAUAGAAAUGGCUGUUGCUCUACCAUUGGCUCAGUUUACGAGUAAAGAACGAAGGGUAGUUGAUACAUUAAGAUUAAAAUUCUUUUUGAUAAAUGCAGUAUUUUAUAUAUGUUGGUUACCAAACUUGGUAAAUGGUAUCUUGGUAUGGACAAUGUGGUUUAACAUGCCUGUUAAAGUAAUUAUAAUAAUAUGGUAUAUUAUGGCCUUUCUGAAUCCAAUGCAAGCUUUACUGAACGCUUUGGUAUAUCGAAGGUGGGCCCCUAUCGAGAGUAAAUUCAGCCCAACAUUAGUAAAUUUACAAAAAGACUUCAGCUUCCACGAUGAACAGUCGCCACUUCUUGGCUCAGAACCGCCGCGAUUACCAAUGUCACCAAUACCUCCAGCUAUAAAUAACUAUGCAACUUUGUGAUUUUUCUUUUGUUUUUAUUCGAAUAGUUAUUUGGAUACGUGUGUAUUUUUGUGAUAAUUUUAUUAAUACAUUUUGCAUUUAUGUACUUGG